AUGGCCGAAGUCCAUUCUGCCUUUCAGUUCGAUAGCGCUUCCCACAAGCGAAAGCGAAGGUUGGCAGGAGAUGUGAGCGAGGAUUUGUUGUUCGGCCGCGAUCCGAAAAGGAGGGCAACUCAUUCCUUGCCAAUCCGUGUAUCACCGCCAUCCCGGACGCAGGUCUCCGUCCCUCCGGCCUUUUCCAUGUUCACGUCUAUCUACCAGCAGCCCCCAACGCCGGUAGACACGUCCGACGAUGAAAGUACUGGCCAUUCAAGGGAUCUACAUGAUCCGUCUUGCAAGGCGUUUUCCACGGCGUUCCAACAGCAGCCGAAUCAUAACGACGAGAACCGAGGGCCACAAUCAGGGAAUUCGUCGCUUGACGUCGAGAUGGAUCUCGGCCCUAUUGCCGGAGCACAGACGAAAGUAAGGCGAGCUCGAUCCAAUGAUAUCAUCGGUCCGUAUCGAGACUCGAACUUCCUCAGCUCUACUAUAAGUCCCUCCGACAGGGAAAGAGUCCCUACCCCCAUCAGUUGCAACUUUGAUCAUCGGGUGAACGAGUUGCCCAGCGUUCCGCGCCAUCAUUUCCCGCCUUUGCGCACGAAUCUGAGCCCCAUGAUCGAACAGGAAUCAUGGAUCACCCGCGACGGCCUGCCUAGUCCGGCGGAAGACCAGGAUCCGGACACAGCGAUGCUGCUUGACCACAACAAUAAUGGGUCAGGCGGUCGACACGCGACUAGAGAUGGUGGGUUUGAACCGCAACCAAUGGAGAGGCAUAUGGCCCAUCUCGAUGGGAGUUAUAGUCCUGGACGCUUAAGAACGGCGAAACUCCAUAUGGGAUUCCUUCAGGGAUGCGAAAAGUGUCUUCAAAAGGUUCCCGGCCAUUACAGCCAUAUACUGUGGACCUGA